AAGGAGAUCUCAGCUGUGGGACAUAUAUUUUAUUGCCUGCAUCGCAUGAACUGGCAGAGUAUAUUGAUUAACUCGUGUUUCUCUAUCUGAAGACUAAAAACAUGCUAACUAAGAUGUCCUGAAUUGAAAAGGUAGGAAAGGAAAAGUUUAAGAGUUGUAGAUGUGUCUGAGAUUUAUGAGCUCACAUCGUCAUGACUUGCCUCCUCCAAAUGAAGAUCAACUACUACCCGAAAUGCCCUCAGCCUGAGCUCUCCCUUGGCGUUGAAGCUCACACUGACGUGAGUGCACUCACCUUCAUCCUCCACAACAUGGUGCCCGGUCUCCAACUCUUCUACAAGGGCAAGUGGAUCACGGCUAAAUGCGUUCCAAACUCCAUCGUCAUGCACAUUGGUGACACCAUUGAGAUCCUCAGCAAUGGAAAGUACAAGAGCAUUCUCCACAGGAGUGUGGUUAACAGGGAGAAGGUUAGGAUUUCGUGGGCAGUUUUCUGUGAACCUCCUAAGGAGAAGAUCAUCCUCAAGCCACUGCCAGAGACGGUGUCAGAGACAGAGGCUGCGCUUUUCCCUCCUCGCACCUUCCAGCAGCAUAUUCAGCAUAAGUUGUUCAAGAAGACCCGGGAUCUGCAGGCUCCUGCUAAAUGAGUCCAGAUUAUUAAAGAAUGAAUGUUACAUAUAGAAUUUCAUCUUGUUAUUUCUUUCAGUGGUUACAAGACACUUCUGAUAUAUGGUAAAGUUGAGAUUGAAGUUCUGGUUGUUACCUCACUGUAUGUGUUUGGCUGCAUUAUGGAAUAAAAUGAAUUUCUUCGU